CUUGCUAUGGGAUCACUGCAAAUCACAAAUCCAUCGAGAAAAGUACUCUAGCUAGUGAUGUCGAGGACAUUCCAAUUCCUGCUGCUUCUUUUGCUAGCAGGAAUAGUUAGGUCGGAUGAGGAUGCUUACAAGAUCGUCGCCGACGGCCCGCACAGCUGCGGUGGCGUUGAUAUCCCCUACCCGUUCGGCAUCGACGACGGCAACGGCAACGGUGACUUCCACGAAGGGUUUGGAGUCGCUUGUGACGCCGGCAAGCCGGUGCUCCCCACCACCGGCGGCGACGAAAAGCCCAUUCCGAUCGGCAACUUCUCCAUCGAGAGGGCGGAGGCCCGCGUGUGGCUGCCCGUAGGGUGGCAGUGCUACAACUCCUCGGGCGGCUUCAACGGGUCAGAAGACUACACGGACAUACAGUUCAACAACGACGGCGUGUACCGCAUCUCCCACGCCAGGAACUACUUCUUCGUCCUUGGCUGCGCCACCUUGGGCUUCCUCCGAAGCAAGCCACGCCCGGUCGCCGGCGAAAGCAACAGCACCUUCUACACCCAGCUCGCCGGCUGCGCCUGCUACUGCGAGGACUCCAAGAGCGCGGUGAGCGGUAGCUGCUCAGGUGUUGGUUGCUGUCGCGCCGACAUCCCGCCAGACCUCGCACUCGUAGACAACACCGUCGAAUUCCGCAGCGACAGCAUCGACAACGGUAUACAGGCGGUCAGCUUCAGCCCCUGCGACUAUGCGUUUCUAGCGGAGAAGGAUUAUUACACCUUCCACACCUCCAACCUUAACAUGGACCUACAUCAGAAACCCUUGUUGAUGCCGGUGACGCUCGACUGGGCCAUCCGCGACAACCUCACGUGCCAGCAGGCCAUGGAGGAGAAGGCUUACGGCUGCAGAAGCAACAACAGCCGCUGCCUCAACUCUACCAACGGACCUGGAUACAACUGCCGAUGCAGCGACGGCUACGAGGGCAAUCCCUACAUUUUGGAUGGUUGUAUCGAUAUUAAUGAGUGUGAGCAUCGUGAUCACUACCCUUGUGAGGGAGUCUGCAAGAACAUACAAGGUUCCUAUGAAUGCACAUGCCGCAAGCGCUCACACAGUGCUAAUCCAUUCACAAAACCCUGCAUCCCAAGUUUUUCGCUCAAAGCGAAGAUCAGCUUAGGUGCAUUAGGGGUUCUUUUCAUCGUCAUAUCUAUUGUACUCAGCAUGUGUCUUAUAAGAGAGAGACGAAAGAUGGAGGGCUACAUUCAAAAGAAUGGUGGAGCUAUAUUGCAAAACUUUGCUAAUAUAAAGCUAUAUAAUAAGAAGGAUAUCAAAAAAAUCCAGACAACACGCAAUUUAAUUGGACAUGGUGGCUUUGGUAAUGUUUACAAGGGGUGCAUUGGGAACGAUCCUCAGCUAGUGGCCGUGAAGGCGCCCAUCAAUAAAAAGUCAAAAUUCAAUGACACCUUUACAAACGAGAUCAUCAUUCAGUCUCGAGUUAGUCACAAGAACAUUGUCAGGCUCUUAGGUUGUUGCAUACAAGUUGAAGUUCCGAUAUUGGUAUAUGAAUUUGUGCCUAAAGGUAGCCUCGAUGUUAUUCUCCAUGGUGACAAGAGCAUUCCUCUCAGCUUGGGUCAACGUCUACAAAUUGCAGCAGAAUCAGCAGAAGGGCUAGCUUUUAUGCAUUCAAAAACCACGGCCAAAAUCCUGCAUGGUGACGUUAAACCAGCUAAUAUACUUAUCAAUAAUGACUAUGCACCGAAGAUAUCAGACUUUGGUAUAUCAAGGUUAAUAGCCACCGGUAAGGAACAGACUGGAACUGUGAUUGGUGACGUGAACUAUAUGGAUCCGGUAUUUGUGCAGACCGGAAUGCUGACCAAUAAAAGUGAUGUUUACAGUUUUGGAGUUGUACUCUUGGAGCUCAUUACGAGGAAGAAGGCCUCGCGUUCUAACCAGAAUGGAUUACUCAGUAAAUUCAGUGAGGCCUAUAAAAAAGACAAGUCUAUGAUUGAGCUCGUGGACAAGGAACUUGUGGAGGUUGAUCCACAGCUUCUGUACAUCUUGGCAGGGAUAAUAAAUGAAUGUCUAUCUCUCGAUGUCAAUGAGAGACCAUAUAUGACAGACAUAGAAGAGCGUCUUCGUGAUAUCGUGAAGAGGUUUCGUAGUACUGAAUAA